UUACAAAUAAGACACUUUUUGGUGUUUAAAUAACAAAGCAUGUGCUUAAUUUCAUAGGUACUUCCGAACGAUGACAUUCUUCUCUCCCACUCAGGUGUUCUUGAACUACCGGGGAGAGCAACUGCGUUACAGCUUCGUGAGCCACCUCGUUGAUGCUUUUGAAAGGAAUGAGGUAAACUUCUUCGUAGACAAAUACGAACAGAGAGGCAAAGACCUCAAAAAUCUCUUUCUUAGGAUCCAAGAAUCGAGGAUCGCGCUGGCCAUCUUCUCUACGAGAUACACCGAGUCGAGCUGGUGUAUGGAUGAGUUGGUGAAGAUGAAGAAACUUGCUGAUAAAAGAAAGCUCCAUGUUAUUCCAAUCUUCUACAAAGUGAAGGUAGAUGACGUUAGAAAACAGACAGGUGAGUUUGGCGACAACUUUUGGACGCUCGCAAAGGUUUCAAGUGGAGAUCAGAUCAAGAAAUGGAAAGAAGCCUUGGAAUGUAUCUCCAACAAGAUGGGUUUGUCGUUGGGAGACAAGAGCUAUGAAGCCGAUUUUGUCAAGGAUGUUGUUAAGGCGGUUCGGACUGUUGUAGCAGAAAUUGGUCUUGAGGAAGAAGAGAAUCCAUUUGGGAAAAAGAAGAGAAAGGAUUGCAAAUGUGAACUUCCUGAUUUCAAGAAAAGCAGAACCAAAAAGUUGUGACAUUCGGAUUAAUCAAUUAAUUAAGGGCUUAUGUCACCAUUCUCUGUUUCCCCUGUAUCAAUCUUUCUCUUGAAUACAUAUCAAUAUUUGAAUAGCUAAAAUCGAGUGUGAUAUGAUUUGUUACAAAAUUCCUCAACUUCUUUUUUUAAGUUUGUGUUAUAUAUUCAUUAUUCACUGACGACAUCCAGCUUGAGAUCCAACGGUAAUCAAAAAGAUGACUAUCAAUCUAUAAUCUGCUGAGCCUCUGUUUUUUGGAUAUGUGACGUUUUAGUGGUUUCCUUGUGAUUCCAUUAUUUCAAGAAGCCCAGAAGGAGUUAUUCCGUUAAGGCUGCUAUAAAAAAGCUAGGGAUGAGGUAGAAUAGAAAGACAGGUUGAUUAAAUUUUGUAACACUCAGAAUUUUGAUUCUGCUUUUAGUGAAAAUCUCAUAGACAUGCCAAGAGUCUCGAUCACUAAAAGAUAAAAUUUGAUCG